CACGCUCGUGUCUCCGUUAUGGUCCGUCUCUCUCAUUCUUACACUCAUAUCUCACUCUCACAGAUCUCACUCCCUCUCACUCUCUCACACACCGCUCAUCUCUCUCGCAAUCGAGCAUCAAUCUACAUUCCUCGGUCAAACAUCGAUCUCUGUCGCUCUAGGGCUUUGCUCUAGCUGUUCUUCAUUGAACUCGAACUCGAACUCGAUCUGUUCUUCAUCUCAGAUCAGAUCAUUAUCAUUCUUCGAUUCUGUUCUUCUCUCUUCGAUCUCUCUGCAAAUCUCUCUCUCUCUCUAAACUCUGUUUGGAUCUAUCUGUGUUCGAUCAUGGAGAUGGAACGUGUGAUCGAGUUUCCACACGCGCACAUGGAUCGUCGUCCCAGAAAGAGACCACGUUUGGGUUGGGACGUUGCUCCUCAGGCCCUUAAGAUGCGAAGUUACUUGAGCUAGAAAAGCUUGUUCUUCCUCUGUACUUGAGCGUAUAUCUUCGAGAUUGUUCGAAUCCUUCUGAUCUAAAUCGAUCUAGGGCUCAAGGUAAGGGUUUUCUGACUUGGAUUCGCUAAGUUCACUCAAGAUCUGUAAAAUGUAGGAAUUAACCUAUGUAAGUGAAGUAUAUAUUAAUUAUGUUGUACAGAAAUGUUUGACCGAGGAAUGUAUGCUGGCCUGGUUGGUUGGUUUGGAGGAGGAGAAAGUGAGUUUGUUGUUGGAAUAAGGUCAGCCUUGGUGGGAAGGGGACUUGUUGCAUUAAUUUAUGCUGGAACUGGUAUAGUUGAAGGAAGUAAUUCAUCUUUAGAAUGGGAGGAACUGGAGCUGAAGACAUCUUAGCAAUCAAAAAGCAAAUGGAGAAAGAUGUUGAUGAAGUGGGAAAGGUUGCACGAAAUGUCAAAGCAAAAUUAGAAGCAAUAAGCAAAGAUAACUUAGCCAAUCGACAGAAACUUGGAUGUGGAAAGGGAACAGGUGUUGAUCGAUCAAGGACAAAUAUGACAAAUGCGUUGACAAAAAAGUUCAGGGACCUAAUGAUUGAAUUUCAGACUCUGAGACAAAGGAUCCAAGAUGAAUACCGUGAGGUCGUGGAGCGAAGGGUCAUAACAGUCACAGGAACCAGACCAGAUGAAGAAGUGAGCCAAAAUAAUGAGAUCAAUAUUUGGGCUGUAAUGGUGAAAUGGAACUAUGGAUGUUAUCCUAACUGAAAUUUUUUUUGACUGUAUCGGACAAUCGACCACCUGAUAGAAACCUGUAACAGUGAACAAAUAUUCCACAAAGCUAUUCAAGAAAUGGAAGAGGGCAGGUACUACCUUCUCUACUUUUACCAUAUUUCCCAUACUACAUGUGUUUCUGGUUGUGAACAAGUCUCGUGAACUAAAUUGUAGCUAGUCACCAGUUUAAUUAUCUUUUUAUGUAUGUGUUUUGUCUAAUACAUCCGGCUACAGAUAAUUUCAACUUAAUUUGAUCCUCCUUCUAUGUCUGGUUGACUGUUGAGUUGUGGAGACUACUACUAAAAAAGAAAAAACAAAAGAAAUCACUACUAAAAUAUAAAUUUGAAUUUGAAUUUUGAUACUACUAAAAUAUAGGAAUUAACCUACAUCUUUCAUAUAUUUUUUUUUCUUAAUGUUUAAUAAUUUUAUAUGCAUUGAUAUUCCAAUCUAUAUAUCUAUGUUAUAGCAAACUGAGAUUCCAUUAAAAAAAAAUUCAUUAAACCUCCAAAGGUUAGUGAUGUAGAUAAAAUCAAACAAAAUGUGUAGGUCUUAGAGUUUUAAAGUAAAAAAUUUAUGUUAGAAUUUGUUCAAAUGUAAUCCUCUUAAUAUUUAUAAAUAUUUUUAUUGAUUGACAAAAAGCACCAUAAACAUUAAGAUAAUUGUUUUUUUUUUAUUAUUAUAUUGAGUUAUUAAAAUAAGAUGUAUUAUAUGCUUAAACCAAGAAUUGUUGAAAAAAAAAUCGACUCAAACUAAAUUUUCUAGACUCAUUUUUAAUAUUUAAUCUAAUAUUGGAACCCUCAAACUAACUUAUCUCGGUUACAAACCGAUAAAGAUAAUUUUAAACAAUCAAGACAAUUUUUAAUGACUAGGUGAAUGUUACAUUGGCAUAAAUAUUCAAUUAACUAGCUUUCAGGUCACUUCUAAUAUUUAAUCGAACACCACAAGUCAAUUUCAAUUAUAUUGUCCCUUCUUAGAAUUGUGGAGACUGUAGGUGAAAGUGUGGCUAAUCUCCAACUAGGCUCAAUGGCAAUUGUUCAUUCUCAAGGAAGUUCCUUCACUAGACCGACACCAUUGGUCUUUUGAGGUUUGUUUUUUUCUCAAUAGUUCACUUUUAUGAGUUUGGCUUCUAGUCUUCCUCCUCCGUCUGACUUAAUUUGUUGUUUCCUUCACUUAUUUUGUGAGGUUGAAUUUGGGGAUAUCAUCUCGAGGGAGAGAGAAAUUGGUGAUGUUCCACUCUGCAGUGUAAUUUCUAAAAUUGGCCAGCUUGUUCCUUAAAUAAGCAUUGGCCCAUGAAUUGAGUAACUUGUAUAAUCUUGCUAACUAUUUCUUUUCUUUGGAUCUGAAUUUGCAAAUUUGGGUGCAGGCCUUAUAAUUGAACUGGUGCAAGCUAUUAUAGUGUCAACAAGCUGACUUCUGCUGGUUGCAAAGUAAAGAUUUGAAGAUUUGCACUAAAUAACAAAAAUGAGGGGGUGAUUUGAAGAAAAUUCAAAUUGUUUGACAGUAUAUGAUUGAGAUUUGGAAAGUUAUAGGGUUAAAUAUCUAAGGAGAUAAACUAGAAUUUUUAUGAUUUUCAAUUUGGCAAUGUAAUUUAAAUUUGAGCCAAUUUGUUUUAUUAUAUACUAAUUAUCAGUUAAUUUUCAA